AGUAUGGCUGUGUAUUACAACGGACUACCGGCCCCGCAGCAGAGUAUUGUGUAUCAAGUGCCACCUCCUGCAGAGGGGUUACCACAGAGACAGAUGUUACAUCCCGGUCAGAUGAUAGCCCCUGGACAGGUGUCUAAUUAUAGCGUACCUAUGCAGGGACCUAAUGGUCAUAUGUAUGCUUUCCCUGGAAGUGGUUACCAGUCAUCGCAACAUCAAGGGAUGACUAGUGCUUAUGACUCACCGGUCGGUACCUUCUAUGCCCAGCAGGGGCUUCAACCCCCGAGUUAUAGUGAGUUUGAACCGGGAGGUAGUGGACAGCAAUUAGAUCCCGAACCACCUAUGGUUGGAUACAUAGCCCCACAUAAGACUAUGCCUAACUUGUACCGGAACCUACAGCGAGGUAUGUACGCCGGGUGCGGUGUGGCCCUGGUGUCCGCGGUCAUUGUGUUUGCCUUACUCAUGAUAGCGCUCAAUUCUUUAACCUCGAUUUACACCGAGAGCUCUAUUAGUACCCUCAGAUCUAUAUUUAUAUCGUUUGGUGUGUUGACUAUAAUACUGGAACUGCUGGGUAUAGGCGCUGCCAUAAAGGAGGUCUACUGGCUGUGUAUUAUCUACGCUGUACUAUCGGGAGGGCUGGCAGGUCUGUGUCUAUACGCCGGUAUUAGGGGAUUUGGAGGUCUGCUCUGGUAUCUAAUGGUCGUAUUCUUCGUGAGCGGCUGUUUUGGCUCAUACUUUGCCAAAGAUAUGAAACGACUCGAGAAGUUGGCCCGAAGUACCACUGUUUACGUGUCGGGAAUGCCGGGUCAACCUAAUUAUGGUUAUCAAAUACCACCCUCAGGACAGGUACCCAACUACGGACCACCAAAUGGCCAGAUGUAUAUGACUGGACCUACCGGGCCUUAUCAGCAAUCGCAACACCAGCCCAUGGGUACUGGCUAUCACUCAUCGGUGGGUAAUUCUUAUGGACAGUCAACACAACAGCCCCCUAGUUAUGGGCAGUCCUCGACAGGUGCCGGACAACCUAAUCUGCAUGUAUUGGGUGCCCAUGAUCCUAACUACCCACCCGGUGCUGUACUGGAACUACUGGGCAUUUGGGGCGCCAAUAAGGAGAUCUACUGGUUGUGUAUUAUAUACUCUUUUUCUCGGCAAUAUUGGCCGGCCUAUGCCUAUGGGGAGGGAUAUAUGGAGGCGGGGGUCUCUUCUACUUCCUAUUAA